UCUACAGUCAUGACGCGAAUAGAACGUUAACGCAACAAUCACAUCAAGUGUGGUUUAGAUCUCACUUCUGGCUUCAUUACCUGAACGCACAGUGAAUUCAGCGCAAAACUAUACUGUUGACACAAGAGUCAGAACUCGUUUUGUAAACUGCCACUGGAAUGACAGGGAUAAAGAUAAAGGAAUGCAAGCCCUUAAAUAUUAACAGUCAUGUCACGACGAAGCCCUCGGCUGGAGGACUCAGGAUACUACGGCAUUGACAGAGAACCGUUAAUUUCUUAUAGGGAAACCCUGCACAGGAUUUUCAGAAGGCGUAAGAUUAAUCGCCAUAUUCAGCCUGAAGCAAUAGAGACUAGCAACAAUAGGAAUGGCAACAGACACUUUAUAUUCCUCAUACUCCCCCUGUGUUUUGGAUUAGCAUACUCAAUUAUUACACUGAACAGCAACUUCCUGAAUCCAGGAGUUUUGGAAUCACCCAUCUCACCUAUAAUCAAUACGAAGGACCCAACUGCACGAUGCAAGGAGAUGGAGGAGCGAGUGAGAGAGCUGCAGAACGAACUGCUGAGGUUAAAGCAGGAGAUUAAUUCUCAUUUUCUAACAGCAGACAGUUUACCCAACUUUGCUCUACAAUCGCUAGGAGCAAAAGUUGUACUCCAUCUCUCAUCUGAAGCGCACCAGACUAAAGAGACAUUCACAACAAUCCUCGGAAUACCUUUAAUGCGACCACCCGUUCACCAAAGGACUGUUAUUCAGGGACACUCACCUCUUCCAGGUCGCUGCUGGGCAUUUGCAGGUGGGAAGGGUCACUUGCUCAUCACACUCUCCCACCGAGUCACCAUCAGUCAUGUGACACUGGAACACAUUUCAAAGAAUGUGACCCCAACUGGCACCAUCACCAGUGCCCCCAAGGAGUUUACCAUCUAUGGAAUGGAGAAUUUAGAUGACAAGGGAACCCAUCUUGGAACUUUUCUUUAUGAUCAGAAUGGGGAUCCAGUUCAGACUUUCAAAACAUCUGAUAACAAACAAGGUUUCUUUAACUAUAUAAAGCUGCAAGUUGAGAGCAACUGGGGCCAUCCUGUCUACUCCUGUCUGUACGGCUUCAGGGUCCAUGGAAAGCUGGCAGAGUGAGCCGAAAUGCAAUAAACGAUAACUGCACUUACUGUAAAUAAUGCAUCAAUGUUUUGAUUUCAGAGCUCACGCUUUUCAUAAAAAAUUAUUUAUGAAAUAUUUACCUGUGGCUUUGAUUCCAGUGGUUUAUAGAUCAAACCAUAACACAUGCUGUG